CCAAGGUCCCGCUGCAUUGAUUCCCAACUGACCCUUUCCGAUGGAUAUGGACGGUUUCGAUUAAAAACUAUACACUGGGGACAUUUUUGAACCGUCCGUAUAGCCUGCUCUUUGUACGCUAUUCUUCCUUAUCUGAAUGUGCAUACUAAAAAUCAGCAAUAGGCUUUUGCUUUCCUCUUAUUUUUUUCUCUUUCCAUAAUUUUGGUUCGAAAUUUGGGGGCAAGAAGAAGGAGCAGAUGUCAGGGAUCGAUAUAGUUGGAAUGUUUGAUAACUGUAAAGAGAUCGAUAGACUCAGAAAAGAGCAGGAAGAUGUCUAUAACGAGAUCAAUAAGAUACACAAGAAGCUCUCCCAAGCAACUCCAGAAGUGGUUGAGAAAUUUGGUGACAGUGUGUGGUCAAAACUUCGUCAAUUGUAUGUUCAGGCAAAAGGCCUUGCUGAACAGGAAGUGAGUCACUCAAAUGCAUUGAUGAAUCAAUUGGAUGCAGUGCUUCAGUCUGGACUUUCAGCAGCACAGCGGAAAAAAAUAGAAGUUAGUGAGCAGAAAAAGAAACGUCUGAAGAGCGAUUCAGAUCCUCCAAGGCUUUCUUCUGCUGCUGCUGUGAUGCGAAGCAUACUGGAGAACCCAAAUAGCCUAAUAGGAGAACAGGUAGCUGCAAAGAUUAAGGUUGCUGUUGAUGAUGCACAGAAAGAUGAAUGGAUUGUAGUGAAGGUGAUGCGGUUUGAUAGGGAGACCAAAGAAUUUGAAUUACUUGAUGAGGAACCCGGUGAUGAUGAAGAUAGUGGCCAAAGAUACAAACUGCCAAUAUCAAGAGUUAUUCCUUUUCCAAAACGUGGAGAUCCUUCAAGUGCUCCAGAUUUCCCAACUGGGAAACAUGUUUUGGCAGUCUUUCCUGCAACCACAGCACUUUACAAAGCUACCGUAGUCAAUACCCAUCGCAAGAGGAAAACUGACGAUUAUUUGUUGGAGUUUGAUGAUGACGAAGAAGAUGGAGUUCCUGGAAUGCCACAGAGGCACGUUCCCUUCCACAAGGUUGUGGCUCUUCCCGAAGGGCAUCGCCAGUGAAACUAUUGACCUAAAACGGUUUACCAAAUUGUAUAUGGUUUGCUAUGUAUUUCAAGGGUUGUAUGCCAUGAAAGUGUAAAGUGGUGGUUGCUUUGGCUCCUGCCCUCUUGUAUAUGUAUAAUAUCACUACGAGUCUUGCCGCAUUGUAUCUAGGUAAUGUUGUAUAGUGAAAUCCUUGAUAGAGGUGGGUUAGCACAACUUUGGUUAGGAGCAAUACUUUUGCAGCUGUAAAUUGCAGGUUUGAAUUGUUUCUGUUUUCAUUCUC